GCUUUCACCAAAGCAUAUGGGUCACCGUGUAGUGAGGAUGGGAAGAGAGAUGGGAUUGAGGAAGCUUUUGGAUAUGGGUUUUGCCCAUCCGCCAUGAUCCAAUAAUUUACUGUCUUCCUCUGUUUGCCUUCUGCUCUUGGUGAUAUGUAACUCACAAGAGUACCUCCUCAUCCUACAGAUGUGAGCGGAUUUACCCAGAAGAAAAAAGAGAGGAGUAAGAGGGAAUGGGAGAGACAAGUGCAGGAAGUUUUCGGUAUGGGAGGCUAGGAAAGAAGGAUUCUUUUUCUCAAUAGGAAGUUCUUCCCCAGACCUCCCAUUCCAAUGAUUUCCUGCCAUUCCUCCCUUUCCCUGCUUGAUCCGUUUUCUGCUCGGAUGAUUUGGUAUGUUUCUAUUGGCGUUCUUUAUUUUAUCUCUUACAGUAAUUUUUUUAUUUUAUUUUUAAUUUUUUAAAAAAUGCUUUAUUAUUUCGAAUUUCUCAAUUGUGGAGAUCGUUUAUUGAAGUGGUUAAUUGUUUAUAUUUUAUGAAUAUUUUUUCUUGCUUUUGAAAGCAUAGAUAUGGGUUAUUAUAUUUAAGAUCUAAUCCAGCCAAAGCCAUACUUAUUACUUGGGGAAAUUGAGUAAAGACUUCCAUACGAUUGGGAUGGCAGUGAAAAAUUAGAAUUUUUUUUUUUUUUUUUUUUUUUUUUUUUUUUCUUUCUAGUGUUGACUGAAGGGCUAAUUUUCAUUUACAGAUCAUCACAGUAUAUAACAGUCUACUAAAUGAAUUACUAUUAUGUGGCAUCUACACAAAAUUAUCUGAAAUUCUCAAACGUUUCCAGUGGAAUCGUUUUCAGGGGACAACGAGUCUUCUCAUUUAACAUUUCAUUUGCACAUAAUCAAGCUUGGCUGAUCUCAAACUUGUAUUCUUUCAGCUUGAAAAAAAGGGAAAAAGAAAAUCUAAAAGAAAGAUAUGAAUCAAGAACACAGAAAAAAGUAGAAGUACCUCGGUGGUGGCUGGGUAACUUAAACAAGUGUUCUUUAUAGGAGUUGGUGAGAAUUCAGAUGCCUUCAUUUUCUUCUUCUUCAUUUUCAAAAGAUUAAGAUUGACUUUGAAGGCAGUGGUGCUGAUAUUCUUCUUAAUGUUGGAAGCGACUUUCUUGAGCUUUUUUUUUUUUUUUGCCGAAAUUCAAGUCCAAAUCCACCCCAAAUGAGAGCUUAUUUGGUGUUAUGAAAUCCAAAUCAAAGUCCAAGUCCAUGGGACUGUAAGCCCGUGUGACCUGCUGAAAAUCUUUUAUAGAGAAUGCGCUUUAUCUGUAAUAUUGUUGUUAUUUGUGUGAUGACAAGUUGUUUAAGUGUGGGUUCAGAUUUGUGUCGCGAGUGUGGGAUCGGAUUUGUGUCUCAAACUUGUUCUUGAGCACCUCAAAGCUCACCCUUCCCAUUACACUAAAUAUGCCACAUCACACAGAGGCAGUGCCUUAUGGGCAAUAAAUACUGCACCUUCCCUUCCCAACCCAACCGCCCCCACGCCAACAAUCCAUAAAGUAGACCACCUCUGAUCACUGUUUUCACAAGUUGACCUCAACCUCAAGUUGCUUUGCUAUAUUCUUAACCUUAUAGUUAGAUCUAAAAUAUUUUUUAUAUAGACGAACGUUUCAAACACACAAUCCCCUCGUGUGUGCCCCAGAUCAUCCAUAGCUAGUCAACCAGGUGAUGUAUUAUGUGUGGUAUCAUUCGUAUUCUCGUUAUAAGUUUCCAAAUUAUGAACCCCAACGGGUUGACUCAAGUGGUAAGGGCUUUGGUCUUGGUGGAAGGUCUAAAGGUUCGAAUCCCCUUGAGUGAAACAAUUUCUAAAAGUCAGUCCGCUGGCGAAGCCAGAAUAUUACGUGAUCUGUGUGGAGGGGGCGCUUUACACGAGUCCGAUGUUUACCUGACAGGAGUGGGUACACGAAGUGUCCUGCCUUGUAUGGGUUCCUCGUCAUCAAAAAAAGUUUCCGAAUUGCGUGUAUCAAUAGAAUUCCAUUUAUUUAAUAUGAACAUGUGUUAUGAUGUUUUGCAAGUGACAAUGAUAUUGCAGAUGAUGAAGCUGCUCAUGAGGAAGAUGCGGAUGUGGAUUGAGAAACAAGCUUGGAAUUGUUUUUUAUACAAGCCAUCGUGUUACUUCAUGAUAACUGGUUUCCACAGGAUCUGCAGCUGGCUUUUAAUUACUGUACUUGCAAACGAAGAUGGGGAGGUUAUGCCAGCGAUGAACUCAUUGAGGCCCUUUUCUUGUGGACUUCCAUGGAUCUUGUUUCAGGUCUAUGCAUGACCUUGUUGUUGCAAUAGAGUGAACCAGAGCACUGCAUUUUCUUGAAUUUCUUGUCAUUCUCCUCCAUGGCUUGCUCAUUUUGUUACUUUUGAUGCUCUUUCUGUUGCUGCUGCUGCUUUUGUUGUUGGUGUUAUUGUUUUUGUUGGGUUUGGAGAUCUUUAUAGGUCAUUAGGCCUCUAAUAACAGACCAAGAGGGUGCUUUCUUAGAUUUUAGGGACUGCUGGUUUUGGUCUUGGUGGGUUUGCUUGGUAGGUUUUGUUUGGUUUUUGGGUUUAGCCAUUGAAAAUGAGAUCUAACAAAGGGUGUGUGAGCUUAUGUAAUUGUGGAUUUAUGAAAUUGAUGUAUGCGUGACCAAGACUUUAGAAAGUCUAGAAGUCUAGUCCGAGUAAUGCUAGAAGUCCUGCUUAUAUAUCUUCUUGUGUCCCUUUAAAACUUACGUGGCUUUAAAAUUACUAUUGAAUUUGUGAUAGAUCACUAUUGAAUAUUGAUCGAUUUAUAUUUUUAAAAUCCACAAGAAUUUUGAAGGGACAAAAAAAAGACACGGAAGAACUUCUAACGUUACUCAUGUACCUUCUCAUUGGUGUUGGUGUAACAUUAGCUUGUCUCUAUAAAAGUUUUGCUCUGAAAUGCUCAAACAGGUCAUUGAAGGGGGGACAAUCCCCUAAUAUGUAUGCAUUGAUCGGAUAUUAUGUAUUACAGCAUCUUCUAAAUUACCUAUUAUAACAUAAUGAUUGUCUA